GGAGCGGCGGCUGUCAGGGAGCCGGGCGCGCGGCGCGCAGAGCAGGCUCGGGGCGCCCGCGAGGACGCUGCCGCUCGGGCUCGCUGCCCCGCCGCCCCGCACCCGGGCCCCGCCGCCGCGCCGCGCGCCAUGGACCUGCCCAGGGGCCUCCUGGUGGCCUGGGCGCUCAGCUUGUGGCCAGGGCUCACAGACACCUUCAACAUGGACACCAGGAAGCCUCGAAUCAUCGCUGGCUCCAGGGCUGCCUUCUUCGGCUACACGGUGCAACAGCAUGACAUUGGUGGCAAGAAGUGGCUGGUCGUGGGUGCUCCAUUGGAAACCAACGGCCACCAAAAGACGGGAGACGUGUACAAGUGUCCGGUGACCCAUGGGAACUGCACCAAGCUCAACCUGGGAAGGGUCACUCUGUCCAACGUGUCUGAGAGGAAGGACAAUAUGCGCCUCGGCCUGAGCCUGGCCACCAACCCCAAGGACAACAGCUUCCUGGCCUGCAGCCCCCUCUGGUCUCACGAGUGUGGGAGUUCCUACUACACCACAGGGAUGUGUUCGAGAGUCAACUCCAACUUCAGGUUCUCCAAGACGGUGGCCCCAGCUCUCCAACGGUGCCAGACCUACAUGGACAUCAUCAUUGUCCUGGAUGGUUCCAACAGCAUCUACCCCUGGGUGGAGGUUCAGCACUUCCUCAUCAACAUCCUGAAGAAGUUCUACAUCGGCCCUGGGCAGAUCCAGGUUGGAGUUGUCCAAUACGGAGAAGACGUGGUGCAUGAAUUUCACCUCAAUGACUACAGGUCUGUACGAGAUGUGGUGGAAGCUGCCAGCCACAUUGAGCAGAGAGGAGGAACGGAGACCCGGACGGCAUUUGGCAUCGAAUUUGCUCGCUCAGAGGCUUUCCAGAAAGGUGGAAGGAAAGGGGCCAAGAAAGUAAUGAUUGUCAUCACAGACGGAGAGUCCCAUGACAGCCCAGACCUGGAGAAGGUGAUCCAGCAAAGCGAGAGAGACAACGUGACCAGAUACGCUGUGGCCGUCCUAGGCUACUACAACCGCCGGGGGAUCAAUCCAGAAGCUUUUCUAAACGAGAUCAAAUACAUCGCCAGUGACCCCGAUGACAAGCACUUCUUCAACGUGACCGACGAGGCAGCCCUGAAGGACAUUGUUGAUGCCCUGGGGGACAGGAUCUUCAGCUUGGAAGGCACCAACAAGAACGAAACGUCCUUUGGGCUGGAAAUGUCGCAGACGGGCUUUUCGUCCCACGUGGUGGAGGACGGGAUUCUGCUGGGAGCCGUUGGUGCCUACGACUGGAACGGAGCCGUGCUGAAAGAGACCAGUGGCGGGAAGGUCAUUCCUCUCCGAGAGUCGUAUCUGAAGGAGUUCCCCGAGGAGCUCAAGAACCAUGGCGCCUAUCUAGGGUACACAGUCACAUCGGUCGUGUCCUCCAGGCAGGGGUGGGUGUACGUGGCUGGAGCACCCCGGUUCAACCACACGGGCAAAGCCAUCCUGUUCACCAUGCACAACAACAGGAGUCUCACCAUCCACCAGGCCCUGCGGGGUGAGCAGAUAGGCUCCUAUUAUGGGAGUGAGAUCACCUCAGUGGACAUCGACGGCGACGGGGUGACUGAUGUCCUGCUUGUGGGCGCCCCCAUGUACUUCAGCGAGGGCCGAGAGCAGGGCCGAGUGUACGUCUACAACCUGAGACAGAAUCGGUUUGUUUAUAAUGGGACGCUGAAGGAUUCCCACAACUACCAGAACGCCCGAUUCGGGUCCUCCAUCGCCUCGGUUCGGGACCUCAAUCAAGAUUCCUACAACGACGUGGUGGUGGGAGCCCCUCUGGAGGACAACCACAGAGGAGCCAUCUACAUCUUCCACGGCUUCCAAGCCAGCCUCCUCAAGACGCCGAAGCAGAGAAUCGCCGCCUCCGACCUGGCUCCUGGCCUCCAGUAUUUUGGCUGCAGCAUCCACGGGCAACUGGACCUCAACGAGGAUGGGCUGGUCGACCUGGCGGUGGGCGCCCUGGGCAACGCUGUGAUUUUGUGGUCCCGUCCGGUGGUUCAGAUCAAUGCCAGCCUCCACUUUGAGCCGUCCAAGAUCAACAUCUUCCAUAGAGACUGCAAACGCAGCGGCAGGGAUGCCACCUGCCUGGCCGCCUUCCUCUGCUUCACGGCCGUCUUCCUGGCACCCCAUUUCGAAACGGACACAGUCGGCAUCAGGUACAAUGCUACCAUGGAUGAGAGGCGCUACGCCCCGCGGGCCCACCUGGAUGAGGGCGGGGACCGAUAUACCAACAGAGCCGUCCUGCUCUCCUCUGGCCAGGAACACUGUGAGCGGAUCAACUUCCAUGUCCUGGACACUGCUGACUACGUGAAACCAGUGACCUUUUGGGUGGAGUACUCCCUGGAGGAUCCCGACCACGGCCCGGUGCUGGACGACGGCUGGCCCACCACCCUGCGAGUCUCGGUGCCCUUCUGGAAUGGCUGCAAUGAGGACGAGCAUUGUGUCCCUGACCUCCUGCUGGAUGCCCGCAGUGAUCUGCCCACAGCCAUGGAGUACUGCCAGAGGGUGCUGGGCAAGACCGUGCAGGAUUGCUCUGUCUACACGCUGUCCUUCGACACCACGGUUUUCAUCAUCGAGAGCACACGCCGGCGGGUCCCAGUGGAGGCCGUGCUGGAGAACAGAGGCGAGAACGCCUAUAGCACAGUCCUAAAUAUCUCGCAGUCGACAAACCUGCAGUUUGCCAGCUUGAUCCAGAAGGACGACUCAGAAGGCAGCAUCGAGUGCGUGAACGAGGAGAGGAGACUCCACAAGAAAGUCUGCAAUGUCAGCUACCCCUUCUUCCGGGCCAAGGCCAAGGUGGCUUUCCGGCUAGAUUUUGAGUUCAGCAAAUCCGUCUUCCUGCACCACCUGGAGAUCCGGCUCACGGCUGGCAGUGACAGCGACGAGGACGAGAGCACCAAGGAAGACAACACGGCCCUCCUGCGCUUCCACCUCAAAUAUGAGGCUGACGUCCUCUUCACCAGGAGCAGUAGCCUGAGCCACUACGAGGUCAAGGCCAACAGCUCACUGGAGAGGUACGACGGCAUUGGGCCUCCCUUCAGCUGCGUCUUCAAGAUCCAAAACUUGGGCUUGUUCCCUAUCCACGGAGUAAUGAUGAAGAUCACCGUCCCCAUCGCCACCAGGGCGGGCAACCGCCUGCUGAUGCUGAGGGACUUCCUUACUAACCAGGUGAACACGUCCUGUAACAUCUGGGGAAACAGCACCGAGUACCGACACGCCCCGACGGAGGAAGACCUGACCCAUGCCCCACAGCUGAAUCAUAGCAAUUCUGACGUAGUCUCCAUCAACUGCAACGUGAGGCUGGCCCCCAACCAGGAGAUCAAUUUCCAUCUGCUGGGGAACCUGUGGUUGAGGUCCCUAAAAGCACUCAAGUACAAGUUGAUGAAGAUCACGAUCAAUGCAGCCUUGCAAAGACAGUUCCACAGUCCCUUCAUCUUCCGCGAGGAGGAUCCCAGCCGCCAGAUCACAUUUGAGAUCUCCAAGCAAGAAGACUGGCAGAUCCCGAUCUGGAUCAUUGUGGGCAGCACGCUGGGGGGCCUCCUGCUGCUGGCCCUGCUGGUCCUGGCACUAUGGAAGCUCGGCUUCUUUAAAAGUGCCAAGCGCAGGAGGGAGCCUGGCCUGGACCCCACCCCCAAAGUGCUGGAAUGAGGCUCAGAGGAGGCUGCAAGUCGAUGGGGGCCAGGACGCCAGUCCAGGCAGUGUGCAGGCCCAGGCCCAGGGCCCACUGAGUAGGGGUGAAGACCGCCAGCUCGCUUUGCACUUGACCUCAUCUCCUGAGAGACCAAGGCUGCACCCUCUGAAAGGAACUCAAGCCAGUGUUAAGAGGGAUUGCUCUAGUGGGAGGCCCAGACACCUCCAACACAGAGCCCUGGUGAUUUAGAGGGACCCCUCCCACGGCACCCCAAAGCCUCCCCCAGGCUCUGUGGGGGCAUUUGCUGCCCCGGCCACUAAGGUGCUAGGAAUUCCAGCCAUCCCGUCCCAUCCUCAGAAGAAACAGGGAGAGGAAGACUGCCCUGCAAACCCACUCAGCACACUCCAGGCCUCGAGUCCCAGAAGGACCCUGGGGGGGUGGGGGGGCAGCAGAUCUGCAUUCUGUGCUGUCCUCCCACCCCCCGCACUGCUCAAAGCUCCGAGUCCCGCUCGUCCCUUCCUCGGACAGGAUAGGUCCCCGGGGCUGCCCCUGAAUGAACCAGGGCCCAAGGGCUCCAUGGUGACAGGUGCUGGCUAGGGAUGAAGAAGGACCCUGGGACGCGGAGACUGUGAUGGACGGGCAGCUGGGACGCAGAACAUGGGGCGCCCACCCCCGAGAUGGGGAGGCAGGCGGGCCCUCCACCCCCCGCGCACCCCCGCGCACCCCGCCAGCCGGUUUUGUUCCUAGUGCCCAGCGGGAGCGCGCGCACACGCACUCCCUGCGUCCCGCGUCCCCACUUGGUCUUCCCGGGGGAGCGGGGCGGAGCCUCCCCUCCCUGCGUCACCCACCGCCCUGCGCGCGCGCGAGGGCGCGCACACACAUGCACACACACGCACACACACACACACAGCCUCCCAUCCCUCCCUUCCGCCCACCGUGCACGAGAGAAGGGCUCAGCCGGCGCUGCUGAGGGGUCCUCUCUGGAAGGCACUGGGUAAAGCCGGUGUAGGGACACCGGAGUCUGUGCAACCUCGGUGGCAAAUAUCUGAUCCGCUGGCCCACGGGACAAGUGGUACCACCAGUGACGGCGCCUUGAGGACAACAGGCACGCCCGGUGCCCAGCGAGUAAUUUAUGCCUUAAUCUUGUUUUGAGGUAGAAAUGAAAGGGGGAUGCAUCAAAGGCAUCUGUCCCCUUGUCACAUAGUACGACCUUUACUGUCGUAAAUUUUUUAAAAAUUAAAAAAAAAAAAAAAUACAGGGAUUGAAAACAACCAAGGUGCUGUCAUCCCAUUCUGGGGGAAGGGCAUGUCCUGGGGAACCAACCUCUUUUCUCUGAAGGAAAGGAGGUAGUUGCGGGGCCCCUCCUGUUUUCGCAUUAUCUCUAAAUGUUGAGAAGGGGCUUGUCCACCCUUCGCUCCCUACACCAUCCCCGCCAAAUGGCUGCCUGGUCUGGGAUGGACAUCUGCGGUGAUGGAGCACUUCCUCCCUCGCAAGACCACCAGGUCCAUCUUCACUGUUUGGAUGGUUGAAGCGUCUAGCCCUUAGUUCCAGCCCUUCCUUCUCUGGCCUCCUAGAUUUCUCCAGGCUAACAUUUCAGUGCUCACCUGACACCCUGACUUGAGUUUCUUCACCUUUACACACAGACUGCUCUUAAACCAAGUGGUCUCCAUUCUAAUCUUGUGCUACUGGAAUCCCAAGAAGCCGGAAGUGGAACCUUAGAAAUUAUUUGCUCUUGUUCCCCCAUAGAUGAGGACACUCAGAACCAGUGCAGUUAAGAGAUAGCCCUAGGUUCCACAGCAAAAUCCAAACUCAUCCCAGGAUUGCUCUCUCUUUCAAGCCAGUCAUUAUAGCCCAGCCUCGGGGGUCUUAUGGAAGGAGAAGGCACUGAUACAAAGUAACGAUGGGAAUAUUUUUUCUCAAAUGGUGAACCCCCAGUCAGAAGGGGAAACACGAUCAUGUUUCACUGGAGUCUUAACUCUCAUGAGCUGAGCACCUGACUAAAGGAAAUUUGAUGAACCCACACUCACAAGUGUGUCAUAUGAUUUAGCACCGAGUCUUCUGUCAAGCACCAUCAACUCUGAGAAUGCUUUCAUGUGAAACCUGCCUUUUAGGGAUUGGUAGUCACAUUUUAAAAACCGCUAUGUGCACCCACACUGCAGGCAGCCCAGAAGUGACCAAAUCCAACCUCUGGGCCUUCGGGGGCAGCCUUUUCCCCCAGGGCUCCACGGUCCGUCCAUGCCCCCCCCCCACCCCCACCCCCACCCCGGGCCUACGGCAAGAACUGGAUGGUCAAAGGCGUAACUUGUAACUUCAAGGAGUUCAAGCCCUCCCCUUGUGUCUCUCUUCUCUUUCUCUUAUCAAUUCUCCCUUUCGGAAUUUAUCUGCUCUGGGGUAUAAAUGUUGGAGAUGGACCUUAAAGAGUACCUGGUGGGGCCACAGAGAAGAUGCAUUUCCUAGGGAGCAAAGCUCACGCUAGAGCAGUGCUCUUCAGGCCCAGGAGCUUGGAAAGAUACCUAUGCAAGGGCCCACCCCCAGAUCCAGAUUUAAUUGGUUGGGAGGGUCCGGGCACCAUCUUUGUUUCAGAGUUCCCCCCCUUCCCCUCCCCCAUGACUCAUGUGCAGAGUGGAGGUCAACGAGAAGGUAAAUAUAUAGGCUAGAAAACAAAUAAGGGGUUAACAUGCCCAGGUGACCUUCCAUUACGAGUAAUGAGAACUAUACUGUCGUCCUAAUGUUCAAGUUAACCGACUCCAGCUUGGAGUUGGGAAGACCUUCUUGUUCCAGCAAGUCUCUGGAAUGGGACCUGCUGCAGAGUUCACCCAGUUCUCCUGCAUAUCCAGAGCCCCAAGGGGACUCUUGGAGAAGUUGAACACAUUUGCUAUUGUCUGGAGGAGAGACG